GUGUGUGUGUGUGUGUGUGAUCUGUGAGUUGCGUGUCUGUUGCUUCUCAGGGGGCGGACUUGAACCUGAGACUGGACCUGGUGCUGGUUCUGCUCCUGGUCCGGCUCGGUGGAUCAGUCCAGUUUUUGCCCGCGGAAUCUUCUGUGCCUCCGGGGAGAUGUCAGGUGUCACCUCGGACCAGGUCCUGAACCGAGCCGGAGCCGGGCCGGAGCGGCAGGAGGCCGGGAUCCUGCAGCCGCAGACCGUGUUUGUCAUCCUGGACUCGGCUGAAACACUCAAUCUGCUCCGGGUGGAGUCUGGGAUUGUCGCUGACAUCGAGGUUGACAAUUUGUUGCCUUCAGGCUGCGAUGCCUUCUACGAGAUCAAGAGUCAGCCAAUCAGCAUCAGUACAUCAGCAGCAGCUUCCUCCCCUUCCUCAUCGUCAUCUUCCUCACUGACGUCGGUGAUGUCAUCCAGGGUGUUGAUGCGUCAGGACCUGAUGCGUCAGCAAACUCUGGAGGCGGAGUUUAAGGAGGCGCAGCAACAUCAUCAUCAGUUUCGCUCCUCUGACUCCUCGUUGCCUGUCUCUGUGUCGUCCUCCUGCAAACCUCCUGCUCAGGUUCCUGUGGAGGUGCUAAAGGUGCAGACUCACCUGGAGAACCCGACCAGGUAUCACAUCCAGCAGGCUCAGAGGCAGCAGGUGCGUCAGUAUCUCUGCACCACUCAGACAACCAUCGCCCCCAGGACAGCCAAUCACAGGCCAUCUGAACUGUCAUCAAGCCACUCCCCCCAGCUGGGUUGUGCCCCCGGACCUCAGCCAGGAGAUGGCACACAGGAAGUGGAAGAGACCGUCAUUAAUGACAUCAUCAGCCUGGAAUCGAGCCUCAACGACGAAUUUCUGACGCUGAUUGACUCCGGACUACAGCUCGCCAACACGCUGCCUGUCUCUGGGACGAUGCUGGACGUUUACAGCAGCAAUGGAGGGAUGGCCACGCCGGCCAUCACCGUUAGCAACAGUUGCCCGGCCGAGCUUCACGCCAUCAAGACCGAGCUGUUCGACGUGGAGACAAAAACUCUGAUCAAAGAGAGACAGAAGAAGGACAACCACAACCUCAUCGAGAGGAGGAGGAGGUUCAACAUCAACGACCGCAUCAAAGAACUCGGAGCGCUGAUCCCCAAAUCCACCGACCUGGAGAUGAGGUGGAACAAAGGGACCAUCCUGAGGGCGUCGGUGGAUUACAUCCGCAAAAUGCAGAAAGAACAGCAGAGGGCGCGAGAGAUGGAGGAGAGACAGAAGAGGCUGGAGAACGCCAACCACUCACUGCUGCUCCGCAUACAGGAGCUGGAGCUCCAGGCUCGUCUCCAUGGCCUCACCUCCUCCUCUUCCUCGCCUCCCUCCGCCUCCUCCUCUUCUACUCUUCUCUCCCCCACUCUGCCUCACCCCUUCUCCUCCCUGGCGACUCCCUCCCUGGAUCUGGACGCCCUGAGCUUUGUGGAGCUGGACGAGCCUCGGGGAGCCUCCACUGUCUUCUCUGCCGACCUGAUGGCAGACGUGGGGCUGACGGAGCUCCACAGCCUGGGAGACAUCCUGAUGCAGGAGGGGGGAGGAAGGGGAGGAGGGGUGAUGUCUGACCCCCUGCUGUCCUGUGGAGCCUCUAAGAGCAGCAGCAGGAGGAGCAGCUUCAGCAUGGACGAGGACCUCUGAUGACAUCAUCACGUACGCAGGGAUCUUAUUGGCCAGAGGCGGGACUCAGACCAGAGAUUUUUUAAAUGUUCAUCUUUUAAUAGAAAUAGUAUUCAUCAAAAUGAACAGAAUAUAAAAGCGAUGUCACAGGGAGCAAAUGUGUCCUACAGUGUAACCGUGGUAACCACUGUGAGCCUGUCAGUUACACCAAGGUUUUUCCAUGGUAACUGUUCUAACUGUGUGUGUGUGUGUGUGUGUGUGUGUGUGUGUGUGUGUGUGUGUGUGUGUGUGUGUGUGUGUGUGUGUGUGUGUGUGUGUGUGUGUGUGUGUGUGUGUGUGUGUGUGUGUGUGUGUGUGUGUGAGAGAGAGAGAAACAGUGUCACCAUGGUAACCAGGAGGUGUCCAUUACCAGUUUGCCCAUGAAAACCAACAUGUCCUCCAGCAUCACUUAGGUAACCAUGGUAACUACUGUGUCUUCCAGUGCUCCCAUUGUCACCAGUGUCACCAUGGCGACAGCUGUGCUGUUUCAUCCUCGUCAACAUCAGCCCAGAAACAGACCAGAAGCAAAUCGUCUAUUACUGAAAUAACUCGCAGCUGAUUGGUCAGUAGAGCAGCAGCUGAUCAAUAACUGGUUGAUAACAGUUCGGUUAAAAUUAUCUAUAUAUCUAUAUAUCUAUAGAUAGAUAUAUCUAUAGAUAUAUAGAUAUAUAUUUAUUAUUUUUACAAAUGGAAUUUUUUCCCCCCGAAAAUCUUUUAAAGGAGCUCUAUAUGUGAGCUAUGUAAAUGUUUGCUACAUAGCUAAUAUUAGCUAACGUUAGCAUUUGCAGCUCGACAAGUUCUGGUGAAGUGUUUUCUUCCACUGAAGUUAGCAUGCUAACCAGCUAGCUGCAGCCCGGCUGCUGCUCAGAGGACGUGUUAUGGCUUAGACUUUAAACACAAUAAUGGCUGAAGUACACAGCUAAUGCUAUCAUUAGCUUUGUGCUGAUUCAGAAUCUUUCACAUGUGGCACAGAUUCCUGUAGCCACGCCUCCAUCUGUGACAUCACAGCAGGUACCUCACCUGGACUCAGGACUCAGAAUCUAGAACCACUGUGUUGGAGACAGGAAACGUAAUGAUCCUCUGUUCUGGUCUCAGUCAAAGGAAUGUUACACAUAUAUUACAGCAGAGUUCAUCUUCGUUCUGGAGAGAGGCUUCAUCCACAUUUAUAAUGAUCAACGUACAGAAUCAGUUUUAUAAAAUCAACUUUAUCAAUUCAUUUUACAUUAAAUAGAUCAAAAGUCCCGAUAUUUGUUGACAUUUAGGAAAAUAAAAGCAGCUGAAUUGACUCUUUGAACCCAGUGAUGUUCCAGAACAGAGAUCCAGCCACAACAUGCCUGUGGUGUAGCUCCAGUUACCAUAGUAACGACAGCUUCAUGAAGAAGGGAUUCAUUUCAUGUUCAUGUAAAUGUCUGUAGUCUCGGUUUUUAUAGAUCAAACUUUUAUAUCGAAAUAAAUUCAUGACAAUCA